AUGGCUGCAAGAAUCGCUCUCGACCCAAAGCGGGUCAAACUGCCUUUCGACAGGGGAAUAUGCGAUGCGAUAGGACCAUUCAUUGUCUUUAAUAGCACAUCAAGAAGUUGGUACAAGAAGUUCAAAAAUGGCCACUUUGACUGGACCGAAGAACCACGAUCUAGGAGGCUAGCUGAGCUCAAUGACGACUAUCUCCUGAAGCUGGUUGAAGAAGAUUCCAAGUUUAGUAUCCAUCAGCUGAAACAGGAAUUCAUAGCCGUCACGACACAAAGCUGUCCAUUUGCAUCGCGUUGGAAAGACAUGGAUAUUCGGAGAUAUGGAUAA